GCGGUGACGAGCAGAGCAGAAGUAGCAGGCUUCAGUGCCGAGAGGCUAAGAAAAGGGAUUUAUUCCAGCCUUUAGCAAUAAUGUUCUACCAAAAGUUGUCCCAUGAAUUCAGGCUGAAGCUUCAUGGAGGAGAAAUAGGACUUUAGGAAUUGUGAAUCAGUCUUGCCUGUGCUGAUUUUGGAUAUUCUGUGCUUAGUCUCCACCCGCAGCAUGAAGAAGCCAGAUCUGAAGGUUGUGCUGCUGGGGGACAUGAAUGUGGGAAAGACCUCCCUAUUGCACAGGUAUAUGGAGAGGAGGUUUCAGGACACUGUAAGCACAAUCGGUGGAGCUUUCUAUCUUAAACAGUGGGGGCCCUACAACAUCUCCAUAUGGGAUACUGCAGGACGGGAACAAUUUCAUGGCCUGGGUUCUAUGUAUUGCAGAACAGCCUCUGCAGUUAUCUUGACCUAUGAUGUUAGCAACAUGCAGAGCCUUCUGGAACUAGAAGACAGGUUUCUGGGACUGACUGACACAGCUAGUGACGACUGCAUCUUUGCUGUGGUGGGGAACAAAAUCGAUCUCACUGAUGACUAUGACUCUGAAAAUGAGCUUGAAGGUGAAAGACCCCGUACCUCCAGCAAGAUCCAUAGACAAGUGAAUUUAGAGGAUGCGAUUGCUUUUUACAAGAGAAUUAUGAAAUAUAAAAUGCUUGAUGAGAAUGUUGCCCCAGCAGCAGAGAAGAUGUGUUUUGAGACAAGUGCAAAGACUGGAUACAAUGUCGAUGUUCUUUUUGAAGGUGUUUUUAAUAUGGUCCUACCUCUGAUUGUGAAGAAAAAAGCCAGUGGACGUGAGGAGACUGUAAACCUUGCACAAAGUAAAUCUGAGAAUUCAAAAAAUAGGUGCUGUUAAUCAUCAUCUGCAGAUAUAGUUUUUAAAUGUAGUCCAACAUUUCAGAAGUAGCUGAUUGGGGGAUCCUAUCUAAAUACAGAAGGCUCCAUGGGUAACACAAAACAUGCAGCGCACUCAUAUGGGAAUAUCAGGAGUCCUAAAGUCUAUUAAGGGGCCCCUGUUGCCAAAACAUAUUAUCCCAAAGCAAAGGUGUGGGCUAAUAGAGCCCUCACUCCAGUUGGGGGUAACAGGGUUUUUUUUCUUUUAAAUUGCCCCCGCCAGUGCUAGGACACUCGCAUCAGGAAGCAGCUUCCAAUUUGAGUAACCAUGUCAGUCACAGCGUAUGCACAUGCUGGUCAGAGGUCAUGCCACUUGUGAUAUCAUACUCAUAAUUGAGCAAAUUUCGGCACUCAUACGCAUGCAUGUACCCCAACAUGGCUACUCGAACCGGGAGUUUCCUCCUGGUGCAGGAGGGGGGCAAUUUAAAAAAACUGUUAUCCCCAACUGGAGUGUGGGCUCUAUUGUUUUUUGGCAACAGGUGCCCUUUAAGUCAACCCCAAGAUUUUACCUGCCUUCUGUGGUAAGGCUCCUGUAUCUGCUACAUAUUAUUGAGGCAAAAUCCAACCAAUUGGUGGCAAUUCCACCAUGGCAGCUAUAUUUUGAUAAAUGCAACAAUUGCUAUGCCUUUCUGCAAGAUUACCUGUAUAAAAGGAGGACGAACAUCACUGAGCCUAUAAAAUUUAAUAAAAGAAAAUUAUUACUGCA